UGUCCAUCCGCAGAUGAAUAUAUAUAACUAGAAAGACUUGAUAGGAGUACAUUGAGGAAACAAUCUGAAAUAUCACUUUUGUUGGUUAAUUUUACAGAAACAAAAAAAAAAUUCAAGAAUGGAAGUGAAAAUCUUGUCCAGGAAGCUCAUCAAACCCUCAAUCCCAACCUCGCAGAAGAAGAACAUCAAAGUGGCCUUCAUCGACCAACUAGCUCCUACGGAAUACACCGGUUGGAUUUUCUACUACCCGGUUGCUAAAAACGUGAGCGACGAUACCACAAAUGAGAGUUCCAAUAGGCAAAACCAAUUGGAAAAAUCCUUAGCAGAGACCUUAACAAUCUUUUACCCGCUAGCCGGCCGAUACAGCAAGGACGAGUGCUUGAUUGAGUGCAACGGCGAAGGCGUCGUGUAUUUGGAAACUCGGGUGGGCGCGCAGCUAGCACGUAUAGUCCACGGGGGGCCGGAGCUUCUGAUUCUUCUUGUCCCAGAAGACGAGGAAGUUGGUUCUUUCGGUAACGGGACUGCGAUCCCGGUACUAGCACUCCAAGUUAACGUUUUCGAGUGCGGGGGAAUUGCGAUUUCUGUUCAGAUAUUUCAUGGGAUUGGCGACGGCUUUACAUUGGCCGCGUUUUUUGAUGCGUGGACGAAAACCAGCAGGGGAGCAGUAGGUGAAAUAAAUCGCCUGAGUUUCGAGUUAGGCUCAGUCAUCCCGGCAAGAUCGUCACAAGAGCCCAAGUCCACACCCAGGACAAAAAAAGUAGUCACGAGGAGGUUCGUGUUCGACGGAGCAUCGAUAAAAUCCCUAAAAGCCAAAGUUGGGGGCACCAAAACACGGGUCGAGUUAGUGUCGGCAUUGAUUUGGAGGGCACUCAUCGGCGUGUCUCAAGCGAAACACGGGUACCUGAGGGCUUAUCAACUUGUCCAACCCACCGGCCUAAGACGGAAAAUAGGACUUCCGGAGUCCGAUAACGCUUUUGGAAACUUCUUCACACUGUCAACCGCACUGUUUCUACCCGGGCAGAGCAAGAUGGAGUUGCAUGACUUGGCAGGUCUUGCAGGGGAUGCAAUAAGAAACACCCUGGCAAGUUGCAAAGAAGCAAUGUUGGCAGGUGAGGAGGACUUUUUUCGCGUCGUUAAAAAGCUUUUCGCAGAGCCAGGCAAGCGUUCAGUUGACGAGGAGGUUGAUUUCUACGCGAUUACUAGUUUGUGUAGGUUCCCGCUGUAUGAAGCUGAUUUCGGGUGGGGAAAGCCCGUCUGGGUAAGCACUUACGACAAACCCAGAGAGGUUGCAAACCUAUUUGACACAAAAUGUGGAAUGGGAAUCGAAGCAUGGGUGAGGUUAGAUGAACAGGACAUGCUUCAUUUCCAGCAAGACAAAGAUAUCAAAGCGUUUAGUUCCUAGUCGAACGAUGUUUACCAAAAUUAAAGCCGAUCGAUUUGUUCUGUUUGCUGGUCAUUCUGGGUGUUGAAAAAACAGGAUCCAACGAAAGCUUCUUCAACAAAUUGGUGAUGUUUUGGAUAUCAAUCGGUUUUCCUCCUGAGAAGAUGCCUAAGUUGUUCCUUGUCAUCUGAUCUCCAUGGAUCACCAUUCAUAUGCACCUAAUGUGGGGAUUGGUGAUUCCAUUUAUGAUGUACAAUAUUAUGUUUUGAAAUUGAAUUCAUGCUAGUAAAUGCUGCUGUGCAUGUCAUUAAUUUCUUUUGAAUUACAAGUUGGCCCAUAUCACAUAUGUUUGUGUUCUAGUAAAAUCCUAGAACUUGAAGGAUACUGCCGGGAAAAAAAAAAAAAAAAAAAACCUAGAAGGAUACUGCAGCUAGAUUUGGAUUAAAAAGUUGGAAGUAAUCUUUUUUUUUUUUUUUGUCUUUUUUUUUUGCGUUAAACUUUUAUGAUUUAUUGAUUUUACUUGACGAGAGAAAUCAAAAAAGUAUAAUUUUUUUUAUCGAA